GAGCAGGCGCGCGUCACGGGGCGCAUGCCCGGUAGUAGCCAAGCGGCGGAGCCUGGCCACGUGGGUUCCCUCGGUCGCCCUUUAAACCGGCCGCCCGGCGCCCGCGCUCAAGGAGACUCGGGACGGAGGCGGCAGCCGUAGGAUGCCCCGGGCGAGCAGGAGCGCGGCGGCCCGGCCGGCUGCAGCCAGUGCAGCCCCAGCUCAUGGUCAUCCUCCACCUUCAGCUGUUGCAGCCCCAGGUCAGCCCCAGCAGCCUGGCCUGAUGGCCCAGAUGGCUACCACUGCUGCUGGGGUUGCCGUUGGAUCUGCGGUGGGCCAUGUGGUUGGCAGUGCUCUUACUGGGGCAUUCAGUGGCGGUAGCAGCACUGAGCCAGCGAAACCAGCCAGCACUAUCCAGGAGCCCAGGCAGCCUGCAUACCACCAGCCACAGUAUGGACCUUGCCACUAUGAGAUGAAGCAGUUCUUGGACUGUGCUACCAAUCAGAGUGACUUGACCUUGUGUGAAGGUUUCAACGAGGCACUGAAGCAGUGCAAAUAUAAUAAUGGUGUCUCCUCCCUCUUGUGAAGAAAUUCAGCGCUAACACUGGGAAACAAGAGCCUGGAGUACAGACAAGAAUGGAAGAGACUGGAAGGGACAGCUAGUGACCAAAGUAACCAGUUGAAGGGAACGAUAGUCUGACCAGCAGAAAGAACCACUUAGAGCUAACACGCUUCUUGAAUUGCCAGGAAAGAACGAUAGUUGGAAUUUGAUGGGGCUUUUAGAUUCCAAAUCUCAUUUGAUUUGCUACAGUGAAAUAUGUAAUAAAAGGAGAUGGUUUAUUUUAAUCUA